AUCUCGUGUCAACUCUACUAUUUACUAACGCGAAUCUUUUAUUCUGUUAGUUUCGCAAGUUGUUUUAAUUAGAUGAUUGAAAACUUACUGUGUUUUAGAUAAUUUUCGCGUAAGUUAUAGUUAUUCACUGAAUGAGUUGUCAGUGUCAAGUUCAACUAUUGAGUAUUCACUUACCUUUCUAGAGAUUGAGCUAAAGUUUCAGAUGUCACUGGCAUCAUGGAAAUCGAAAUAAACCCAAUAAUUUCCCCGGAUAGCCCCAUUGCAAAUCAAUUAAACGAAAGUGGCGAAAUAACUUUUAAAAAAAUUACGGAAUAUUUAAUAAAAGAGAAAAAUGUAUAUCUAAAAAAUCAACAGAGGGACGAAUCUGAACUAUCAUUUGAAGAAAAAGCAGACAUAAUACAAAAUAUAUACAAAAAAGGCGCAAUCACUUUUCUGACGAGAUUCGGAAAAUACCUAAAAUCAGAUCAUUUAAAUUUUUUUAUUAAAUUCGAGAAUGAUUCGGAAGAAGUGAAGAAUCUUCUUCAUACUUUUCACAAGGCGAAUGAUAAAAGGACAAAACGAACGCGAAACAGAAGGUUCGCAGCUUUAAAGCACAUGGUUGAAAACGAUUCAUAUUUUUCCGAAACUGAAAUGAUGAAAAGAAAUCCAUUAUUAUAUGAGCAGUUAGUUGGUCGGUAUCUUACUAAUGAAGAGAAAAAGCAAAGGGAUCUUGCGAUCGGUAAUAUUACUUUGGUAGAUAUUCUUAUGGAAGGACUGGAGAGAGACGAAGCUGAAUCUAAACGGAAAAAAGAAGAAAUUGACGAAAUAUACUGUGGCGACACUUCAGAAGAAGACUCUUCUGAGGAAGAAAGAGAUCAAAAGAAUAAGACUGUAUUAGAAAUAAAUCCUAAAACAGAAUCUAGUAGUAAGAUACCACCUCAACCAUCUUGCUCGCUCUGGGGAGAAUAUACUAACCAAAACGUAUCAACAACAUCAUGGGAAGAAAUGGCUAAACCGUCUGCUUCUUCUUCAUUUUCAUUCAAUAUGCAGAAACAAAAGAAAAAAUCUCUACAAACUUCAUCGAAUCAAAUGGUAACUGCAACGGAAAGAAAGCUUCUCAGAGAUGAAUUCGUAACUACAAUGUACGAAAACUUUCUAGAAGGAAAGGACGAGGAUUUCGACUAUUCUAACGUGGACGAGAAUGAAGAAUACGAUAAUUUGGAACUAAUAAGUCGAGAUGAAGAAGAAAAAUACUUUGAUUCGGAAGAACCGGAAGAUCUCGAAAUGGAGGCCGACGAAAAUAAAAAAUUAGAAAAAAACACUGAAGAUGAGGAAAGCUCUGAAGAUGAAUUAGACAUUUAUAUGAGUGCUUUAAAUCAACACCCUGCGGUGUGUCAGUUAUCAAAAGACAUUGAAAAAUUGUGAAAAGUGUUUAAUGGAUGAUGGGUUUUACCGGGUAUCGGGUAACGGGAUACACGAUAUGAAAGCCCCAUCAAGGACUGUAAAAACUUGCUAUUUGAAUUACAUUUUAUUCCGAUACUGACAAUGUGGCCUUUAUGGUCAACUGCGAUCUCAAAUUAAUUUAAUGCUAAAUUCUUAAUAAUUCAAAUGUAUGGUUUCGUUAUACUUAUUAUUAUUAUGUAUUGCUGUUUUUUCUUGUUGUGUGUUCUGGUAGAAUUAUCGGGUAUUCGGCAGAACCCAAAAAAAAAAAA